AUUUGACUUUUUUUUACUCUUUUUAAAAGUAAAUAAUUUUAUAUAUAAAGCAACAUGAACAACGAUCGUCGUAAAAUUGAUGAUGUCAAUAGAUUGUUAGAGUUAAAUUAUGAAAUAACACCGAUUAAAGGAGUUGAUGUUUUCCAUAUCAUUUUUCGUGGUCCGCAGAGCUCUUUUUAUAAAAAUGGAGUUUGGAAAAUUCGAGUAUCGUUGCCGGCAAACUAUCCCCAAAGUCCACCAAGUAUUACUUUUCUGAAUCAAAUUUAUCAUCCAAAUAUUGAUGCAUUAUGUGGUAAAGUAUGCUUGGAUGUCAUAUCGAAUGCUUGGCGUUCCAAUUACAAUUUGCAUAACGUAUUUUCGCAUUUUCUACCAUCACUUUUACAAGAACCAAAUGCUACUGAUCCACUUAAUUUGAAAGCAGCUGAUAUGUUUUCUAGUGAACCGAAAGAGUUUCAAGAAAUGGUUACUAAUUAUAUUAACCAUUAUGCUACUGAAGCAAUUGUUCGUCAGGAUUAUAAGAGCAACGAUUCCGAUGAUGAAUAUAUGAGCGAUACUGAUGUGAACGACGCCGAAACUUCUAGUGCAACUAGUGACAUCGAAAACAAUUAAGAACAAAAUGUUGGUCAAUAAAUUUAAUUUUUUUAUUGGAAUUAUUAUUGUUAUUAUAAAUAAUUUCUCUAUUUUAUAUCCAUAGCUUAAGCGUCAAUCUAUGUUGUACGGUGUGGCAAAUGCAAUAAAUGAAUAAUAUAUCUCUA